AUGGCUGCCACGAGGAAGAUAUGCGGACAUGUGCUUGAAGUGCACCAGUCCUUCCAUCAAAAGCACAUUCAGGCACUACUGAAGAAGAACAAGAAGCUGACAUGCUCUGAGACACAAUGCUCACAUGGCCUGCCCCACUUGUGGGCCUGUCUUGGGGCCAACUGCACGUUCAUCGGCUGCGGCAGGGACCAAAACAAGCACCUCAUGGCUCACUACAACCUGGCCAAGAAGCGCAACAUGGGCGAGGAGCAUUGUGUGUGCAUCAACCUACGCACCAAGAUGGUCUGGUGUUAUGCGUGCGACGAAGAAGUGAUCGUCGAGCAGCUGAGGGAAGCGCUCGCCAUCCCCGUCGCCUCCCCUGUGCCCGCGUCGAGACCCGCCACUGCGCUUUCCACCUCCACUCACACCCGAGGCGCGUGCGGGUUGGCCAACCUGGGCAACACGUGCUACGCCAACGCUGCGAUGCAGUGCCUCUCCAACUGUCCACCGCUGCGGACCUAUUUUCUCCGCUACAUGGCACGGCAGGUCAAGGGCCGGAAGAAGACCUCGCCGCUCGUGUUCCACUUCACGCAGCUGAUCUACGACAUGUGGGGCGGACGAUAUUCUUCCCUGCGUCCGGGUGAGGUGUUGCGCGAGAUCCGUCGCUUCAACCCGAUGUUUGGCGGAUACGCCCAGCAAGAUUCGCAGGAGUUCAUGCGAUGCCUGUUGGACCGACUCCACGAAGACACCAAGGAGGAGCUCCCACGAAUCGAGAGCUCGCCGACGAGCAGUGGCAGCGCCGACUCGGGCGAGAAGGAGAAAGAGACCAAGCCGCCACAAGGCCACGACAGCGACUCGAACGGCGUCGUGGAGUCCACACCGGGCUACCUCCUGAGCAGGAUCAAAUGCCUCAAGUGUGGCAAGGUAUCGCCCACGAAGGACGCCUUCUACGAUCUCUCGAUCCCGAUUCCGGAUGAUAAGAUGCUGGACAAGGUUACCAAGGAGAUCGAGGCCGAGGGCGUGCUGAGCAAUUCCAAGAGGCCCUCGCCAGGCCUAUUUUCCAAAGUGACCAAUUGGCUUAUGCUCUCGAACCGCACGGUGACGCUGGAGGACUGUCUGCAGGCGUUUUGUACAAAGGAGGAGCUGAUGGGGGCGGACAGGUAUCGAUGCGAGCACUGCAAGACGCUGAACGACUCCCAAAAGUUUCUGCGAAUUGCCCAGCCGCCCGAGCUCUUGUGUAUUCAUAUCAAGCGAUUUCGACACGAUUCCUAUUUUGGGGGCAAGCUCAGCGACGUUGUACAGUUCCCCCUGCGUGACCUGGACAUCAGCCGAUUUUGUGAGCAGGAUGCCGAUGCGCCGCAGGUCUCGAUGAAGUAUGACCUCGUGUCGGUGGUGAAUCACAUCGGCGGCAUCUCUGGCGGGCACUACAUCGCCUACGCGCUGAACGACGAGGACGGGAAGUGGUACGAGUUCGACGACAGCUGGGCCACGGCCGUUUCCGAAGACACCGUGCGAAACAAGGAGGCCUACGUGUUGUUCUAUCUGCGACAAUCGCCGGAGAAGGAAUACGAGAGGAAGCAGCUGCUCUCGGCAAUUGCCGCGUUCCACGAAGAGGAGGAGAGGGAGCACGCCGUCGUCGCCGACGGAGACUGUAGCGACGAGGUGCUGGAGAACGGCUCCGCCGCCGAUCCCAUGCACAUCGAGAAAAACGUGCACCUCCUCGCCCGGUCGAAUCAACAAUGCCAACCCGAAUUCAGCCUCACGCAAGCGGCGAUCAACAGAAACCUUGGCACUGUGCCGGAGGAGGUGUGGACCGAGUUCAUGAACCUCUACGGCGGAGGUCCUCCGGUCUGCGAGUCCCAGUUCGGGGAGUGCCGGGAGUGCAAGGUGGAGGAGGAGCUGCUCCAGGCGCGACGGAGAGAGGAGAGCAAGCACAUCAACGAUAUCGACCGCACCUUCGUCGUGGCGGGCGAGAUGUGGUAUCUCAUCAGCGCGUCAUGGCUGCAGAGCUGGGCCGAUUUCAGCAAGAGCCGGACCAUGCCGCCACCGGGACCCAUCGACAACUGGUGCCUCCUUCAGCCCAACGGCAAGCCCAAACCCAAGCUCAAGUGUUCGAUCCACUAUCGCGGCGUCGUCAAGGAAGUGUGGGACUUCUUCCACGCAAGGUAUGGUGGCGGGCCGGCCCUGCUGCGACCCACGAUCGACCUAUACGCCAUCCCGCGAUCGCGGUCGUCGUCCACCACCAAGUCGCCCUCGUCGUCCUCGUCGGCGGCUCGACCCAUCCGCUCCGGCUCACGGCCGCUCUCGCCCAUCACCUCGCCCUCCUCCUCCUCCGCGCUCUCCUCCUCCCGCUCUCCCUCGUCGUCUCUGUCCACCUCCGCCUCCGGGCGUCUGGCGCGCUCGUCGUCGGCCGCCUCAUCGCCGUCGCCAUCGGCGUCUCCCUCAACCUCGCCCUCGUUUCCGGCGACCAUGUCGGCGUCCAAGCGGGCGGCCUACUACAAGAACCUCAACAUCCAGCCCGCCGCGCAGAACGGGACGUCGGGCGACCACGAACGAAGCGGCAACGGCAGCGGCAACGGCGACGCCGUGGAAAUGGAGGAGCUGACGCGGGCGAUGAAGGCCAGCGAGGAGAAAGAGGCGCGCGAGAAGCGAGAGCACGAGAACGGCGGCAAGCAGCACUUCUACGGUCGUGGUGAGCACCAGCAGCACCACAGCAAAGGAGGCGUGCCGAAUGGUGACGCGGUGCCUCGCCACAAGGCCGUGCCCGUGGAGAACGCGCACGGUGAUCGCAUGGCCGAGUGA